CAAGAGCCAGACAGCUCUGUCAUCACUGUCAGGGAGGUGGUUCCAACUCUGCAGAUUGGUCGAGGAAGCCCUGAGUUGUGGCAAGGCCGGUAUAAAAGCUGAGCCUCUGCCAGUCUCUCCCAAGCACCACUCGGGUCCCCUUCUCCUCAGAGAACAGGAGCACCAUCCCAUUGCAAACCAAGAUGUCUUGCUACGACGUGUGCCCACCAAGAACCAGCGUGGCCGUCCCCCAGCCCAUCGCUGAGAGCUGCAACGAGCUGUGUGCCCGCCAGUGUCCCGACUCUUCAGCCUUCAUCCAGCCACCGCCUGUGGUUGUCACCUUCCCCGGCCCCAUCCUCAGCUCCUUCCCCCAGCAAGCCGUGGUGGGCUCCUCCGGAGCACCUGCCUUUGGGGGCAACCUGGGGCUGGGAGGCCUCUACGGUGCUGGGGCCACUCAGGCCUCGGGGGGUCUCUGCACCUUUGGCAGACCCUACGCUCCUGCUGCCUGCAGCCCUUUGGCUCUGCCCCGCUACACCCAGAGCCUGCGGAACUCCUGUGGGCCCUGCUAGAGCCAGGUCAGCAUCUCCAUACCCCUGCUGGGGUGAGAUAGCUUGCACAGGCUACUGAGGAGCACUGAGCAUCCUCAUCCCCAGACAAGGCCUUGAGAGCUGCCAAUGUCGAAUGCCCUCCUCUCAUCCCUGCUCUCUUCUGCCCUCUGAUCUCCUCCCUUCCCUUCUCUCUUCUCAGUUUACACAGGGGCAUGAUCUGGACCCAGAAGGCCCUGAGGGGAUGAUGGGCCAAGUUCGGGGGAUCUGGAGUGCUUCAGCAAAGGGGUAUGCCACUCUUGAAGCCAUGCUCUGGAGACAAUGCCUCUGUUUCCUCCAAGAAUUGACCAUCAAGCUCUCUGGUAUUUGCAAUCCGGUUCUGUGAUAGUCUUUUCUGCCUCUCUGUGCACAAUAAAGUUUUCUUGCAUCUAA